UGCGGUAACAAAAAAGUGUAAUUCUCUACAUUUAUGAUGCCUUUGAAUAUUUUAUUAUAUAAAUUGCAUUAUUUUAAGUAAUGUUUAAUUCAAACAAUGCUUAAUAAACCUAAGAUCAAAGCAUUAGUUUUAUUUUUUUUCAUAUUAAUAAGAAUAUAUUAACUUUUGGUUAGUUUUAAUUGUGAUAUGACGAAUGACAUUAUAAAUAACCUUAAAAUAAGAGGAGCGUCUUGAAAUGUUCCAUAAAUAUAUAGUGACUCCUGGAACCUGUUUAGGAACGAUUUUCUUAUUAAUCUUCUUAGUCCAAAAUGUUCGGGGUCGAGUCACAAUACCAGGAGGCCCAGGUCUUUUAUACGCAACUCACAACGACGUGCGGCUUUUUAAUACUUCCAGAGGAUCAGGUUCCCGAGCUAGUUCGAUCCUGGUGCGAGAUCUUCAGGAAGCGACUGCCAUGGACUAUCAUUAUGCCGCUCAGAAGGUUUGCUGGACGGAUCAUAAUUUGGAGAUGAUAUUCUGUAUGCACUACAACGGUACUCAUUCUGGUCCAAAGACCAGUGUUAUAACGAAUGGGCUAAUAGCUCCGGAUGGACUUGCUAUUGAUUGGUGGACAGAUAAACUCUACUGGACUGAUGGCGAAACGAACAAAAUAGAAGUUGCUUCAAUGAAUGGCGAAUUGAGAAAAGUUUUGUUCUGGUCCGACAUUGAUCAGCUCAGAGCUAUAGCAGUUGUACCAAUGAAAGGAAUAAUGUUCUGGACUGAUUGGGGCGAAACUCCUAAGAUUGAACGAGCGGGAAUGGACGGUGAUCCGGAUACCAGGGUUGUUAUCGUUUCCGAAAAUAUAUUUUGGCCUAAUGGUUUGACAGUAGAUCAUGAACAUGACAAAAUUUAUUGGUUAGAUGGAAAAUUGUUAUUUAUUGAGUCGAUGGAUUACAAUGGAAAGAAUCGUGAAACUAUUCUUCAAGGAUCUCUCACUUACCCUUUUGCUUUAUCGUACUAUCAGAAUAAAAUUUAUUGGACUGACUGGGAAUUGUGGACUGUCAACGUUUACGAUAAAUCUACUAAUGCUUCUCCUAUGGUGCUUAUUCAUUCUGAUGUAGUCCCAAUGGAUAUACAGGUUUGGAAUCAACAAAGACAACCUCUUGGAAACAAUCCUUGCAUGGUGAACAAUGGAGGCUGUAGUCACUUGUGUCUCCUUAGUUCAAACUCUUUAGGUUACAAAUGUGCUUGCCCGACUGGAGUUAAAUUAAUUACACCAAAUAAAUGUGCAAAUGGCCCAGAGGAAUUGUUGUUAUUGGUACAAAGAACUGAUAUUGGAAAAAUUAGUUUAGAUUUACCAGAUUAUACAAAUUUUAUUUUGCCACUAAGUGGUAUCAAACAUGCCAUAGCUGUUGAUUUUGACCCUGUUGAAAAUUACAUUUACUGGACAGACGAUGAGGUUCAUGCAAUUCGACGGGCUCGAUUGGAUGGAACAGGACAAGAAGAUAUAAUUACAAACGAAGUAAAACAUCCAGAUGGCGUGGCUGUUGACUGGCUUGCCAGAAACCUAUACUGGACUGAUACUGGUACGGACAGAAUCGAAGUGUCUAAACUAAAUGGCAUGUCGAGGAGAGUUUUAAUAAAUGAGGGAUUGGUUGAACCAAGAGCGAUAGCCUUGGCUCCACAACUUGGUUGGAUGUUCUGGUCUGAUUGGAAUGAUGAUAAACCAAAAAUAGAGAGGGCUGCUCUUGAUGGUACUGAACGAUUAGUUCUAAUAGAUGUUAAUCUGGGAUGGCCUAAUGGAAUAGCAUUAGACAUUGACAAUCAAAUGAUCUAUUGGUGUGAUGCGAAAAAAGAUAGAAUAGAAAUGGCUAAAAUAGAUGGAACAGAACGCCACACACUUUUAAGUGAUUCUUUACCUCAUGGAUUUGGCCUUACAUUGCUUGGAGAUUACUUAUACUGGACUGAUUGGCACAGACGCAGUAUAGAUAGAGUGCAUAAACUCAGUGGUAGUGAAAGGCAAGUCAUUAUCGAUCAAGUUCCAAACUUGAUGGGACUUAAAGCUGUUAGAAUAAAUGAAGUUCAUGGAAGUAAUCCUUGUUCAAAAAAUAAUGGGGGCUGUUCACAUUUGUGCCUUAAUCGACCAAAAAAUUACAUUUGUGCUUGUCAAAUAGGAUAUGAAUUAUCUAAAGAUAAGAAGACUUGUGUUGAGCCACCAGCAUUUCUAUUAGUAUCUAGGUUAGAAAGUAUUGAACGAUUGAGUAUAGAAAAUUCUAAUGUUGAAGUUAUUGUUACAAAAAAAGAUGUGAAAGAAGCAAUGUCCUUAGAUUACAAUAUUGCCGAUUCCAGAAUUUAUUGGGCAGACAAAAAAAUAGGGGCAAUAUCAAGAUCAUUUUUAAAUGGAUCUGAUGUUCAAAGAGUUGUGGAACUUGGUCUAUUGUCACCGGAAAGUGUAGCGAUAGAUUGGAUGGCUUUAAAUUUAUAUUGGUGUGAUACUGGAUCUCAUAGAAUAGAAGUUUCUCGUCUGGAUGGCUCUAAUCGUAGAGUUUUAGUAUGGAAAAAUAUUAAAGAACCAAGAAAUAUAGUUUUAGAGCCAAAUAGAGGAUACAUGUAUUGGUCAGAAUGGUCAACUAGUGCCAUUAAUCAAGCAGGAAUGGAUGGUUCACAACUAGCUGUAAUAGCUACAGCUGAAAGAAGUUCUGGAUUAACACUAGACCCCAGAACCAGAAAAUUAUACUGGGCAACACAAGUUCCUCCAAUAUAGAAUCAUUUGAAAUAAAACACUAAGAAAAGAAGAGUUUUAGUCAAUAAUGAUUUGCAAUAUCCGUAUGCUCUCACACACUAUGAUAGUAACCUAUUUUGGAGUGAUAGCAAUACAGGCAAUAUUGAAAGUGUUAAUAAAACCAACUUCUUAAUGAGAAAACGUCUUCAUCAGCAUAUAGAGCAUGUCACUAGUAUGAAGGCGUAUUAUAAAUCGGGACAAAUGGGAAGUAAUAUAUGUAAAAAAGGCAAUAAUCAAUGUUCUCACCUUUGUCUAGUGUCGCCUGAUUCUAAGGAUAUAAAAUAUAAAUGUGCUUGCUCAACACAUUAUGUUCUAGACAAAGAUAAUGCAACUUGUGUCGCUCCAACAUCAUUUCUUAUAUUUAGUCAGAAAAAUUCAUUUGGCAGAUUGAUGCCAGAAAGCACUGAUUGUCCUGAUUCAGUUCUGCCAAUUUCCGGUUUAAAAAAUGUAUGGGCUGUUGAAUAUGAUUCUGCAACUGAUCAUAUAUACUGGGUUGAUGGUCGAACACAAAGUAUUAGAAGAUCCUUUGUUAAUGGCACUGGAAACAGUUUAGUUGUUGGCGGAAUUUUACAUCCUUUUGACUUUCACUAGAUCCAUUAGGCAGAUACUAUUUGGUCAUGUGCAGGGACAGAUGCUAUCAAUGUCACAAAAUCUAGACACUUUGACUUCUAUUGGUAUUGUCGUUAAAACGAAAAGGACCAGGAAAGACCUAGGAGUUUGGCUAUACACUCAAUCAAAAGAUUGCUCUUCUGGACAGACGUUGGUGUUCAGGCUGGAGUAAUGCGUGCUCGCAUGGAUGGUUCUAGCAGAAUAGCAUUAGCAUCAGAUCUUCGAGCUCUAUCGACCCAAAUUGAUGUUUCAGAUUUAGAUGGAAAAAAUAGAAAAGUGCUGGUAGCAACUCAGUUGAUCCAGAUUUCAACAAUGGCCAGUUUGGAUGGGUUUCUGUACUGUCUUGAUAGAGAACAACAAGAAGUUAAAAGAAUUGAUGUUAAAAAAGGUGUUGAGUGGCCAGCUUUGCUUCAAGGAAUGUCCCAUUUAACUGAUUUAGUAUCUGUUUAUCCUAUUCUUACAAAGGCAAUGGAAAAUCAUACAUGCAGUAAAUCAAAUCAAAUGGGACACUGUUCUCAUAUAUGCGUGUGGUCUGAAGAAUCAGAGAACAAUGAUGUAUGUGGCUGUCCAGCUGGAUUAGUAUUACAUGAAGAUAGAAGGUCCUGUGGUCAACGACCAGCUUGUGAACCUACUCAGUUUACAUGUCCUAAUAUGAAUACACCAUUAAGUAGCAGUAAUAAAGAAUGCAUACCAUUGUCGUGGAGAUGCGAUGGCCAUGCAGAUUGUCCACAAGGAACUGAUGAAAUAGAUUGUCCAACAUGUCAUUCUGAUCAAUUUCGCUGCAAGUCUGGCCAAUGUAUAGAUAAGAAUUGGGUAUGUGAUGGCACUACUCAAUGCCCUGAUGCAUAUGAUGAAGCUAGAUGUUGCAGCAAUCCUGAUGACUACCAAUGCCCUUCAAAUGGUGUCUGUAUUUCUUCAAAUUUUCUUUGCGAUGGUUGGGCUCAUUGUCCGGAUGAAGCUGAUGAAUCAGAUGCAAUUUGUAUACAAGAAAGCAAUCGAAGAACAGAAACUGUAUCAUCAGACUCUGAUAAAUAUUCGUAUAUUAUUGGUGUGUUGGUAGUUGUACCAGUUUUAGUCAUAUUUGCCUUAAUUAUGUAUUACUUCAGAAGACAUAUGUCCAAAAAUAAUAUUACAAGAAUUGAUGAUCAAUCUGAAGAUCCUUUAUCUCCUAGACAAACAGUUCCUGAUAUUUGCUUAAGUACUGAACAACAUAAAUUAGGUAAAAUAUCAGGGCAUGAUGUACGAAUGUCUACAUUAAACUGCAAUACAAGCAGUUCAAAUAGUUAUGAUAGAAAACAUAUAACAGGGGCAUCUAGCUCAGCAACAAAUGGAUCAAGUCUUACUUGUUAUCCCAGAGAGACAUUAAAUCCUCCUCCCAGUCCUGCGACUACAGCAAGUUCGACAAGAUAUAGUAGUGCAACCGCAUCAAGAUAUCGGCCUUACAGACACUAUCGAUCUAUCAAUCAACCCCCUCCACCUACACCUUGUUCCACAGAUGUAUGUGACGAAUCUGAUUCUAAUUAUCCAUCAAGGUAUCACUAUGAAAGUGAACCAUUUCCUCCUCCGCCUACUCCCAGAUCUUAUUAUCAUAGCGAUGCAGGUAUUUUACCAGAAAGUUGCCCACCUUCUCCAAGUAGUCGUUCUUCAACAUAUUUUUCUCCAUUACCACCGCCUCCCUCACCAGUACCUUCGCCAUGCAGAGGAUAUGAUUAG